AUCGCUGAAUUACUUCCGGCCUCAGGUGGACAGAAUCAGUAUUGUCUCCAACCGGACAGACAGUGCUAAGUCCCAGUAAAAAAUGGCUGUAUGCUAGGUGUUGAAUAAUUACUUUAAACACCUGCAACAUCACUGAAUACGUCAAGGGUUCAUAUAUUGCAAACUCCUCCAUAUAUAUACUUAUCCUUAUAUUUUUGUAAAUUAAAAUUAGUAUAAUAUUUUCCAAUCAUGGAAUCCACGAACUCUUUUAUCUCGUGGUGACUUUCAGUGAAGUUCUUAUUGUUCAGAGGGAUGCAGUUUUCUCUUGCUGUUUAUCUUGGGCGUAUAUGUCAGCUCGAGUUUUCAAACCCUAUGGGUUCAUUAGGCAAAAUUUUGGGAUUUCAUGUAGGAGUUAUUUCUUUCUGCAAACAUCACAUCUUGGCAAGUGUAUCAAUGGUAUUAUUAAACAAAAAUAGAUCCAUUACAAUUCUUCACUGAUCAGUAAAUAUAUUCUCUAGAAAUGAAACUAAUAGGAGUGAAAAUCCCAUGAUCUGUCUUCUGUCAUAUAACUUAAUUCUUACUCUUCUGAUUUACAGGUUCCAGAAAUGUGAGAAGGUCGGGAUGAAAAUGGACUGGGUCAUGACGGAGUCUGGCAGGAUGAACCUCUUCAAGAACCGUCUUGCUAGAACCCGGCAGAUGAAGGAAGAGAAAAAGAAGGAGAGGCUUUAUGGGGACCUUCCCAGGGCUCUGUCAUUUAAUGACGCCUUUGCCAUCAAGAAGAUCCUCGACACCUUGCACGCGACCUUCGGAUCAAUGCCAUACCCAGAGGAGUGCAAAGGCGACUCCAUCGACUCUCUGUCCAAUAUCUUCGUCUACCUCUGCAAGAGGUUCGGUAAGUUCUUCCUGAAGAUCACCGAGGACACUGACCUGUGUGAGGAAGACAAGACUCUAUUGCUCAAGAAUGGGAUAUCGAUGUCCCUCUAUAUCAGUGGUGCUCACAUGUACGACCCAGUGUCGCGCAGCUGGCCAGCAUCCACAACCCAUGAAUCCAUCAAAGUCCCUCACCUGACGCUGGAGACCCUCGAGAAGCUCGCCACCAUCCCAGACGCUUUCAGCACCAUCAUGAAGUUCUACAGCGCUUACGAGAACGACCUUAAGGACCACGUGGUUGCAGUGCUCAUGUACCUCAUCUCCUUUUUCUUGUCUGAUGACCCUUGCUUAAUCGACUGCACAAGUGUCCAAAAGCAGCAGAACGAGUAUCUGGGGUAUCUGAAGAGAUACCUUGUGGCCAGGGACGGCCAGAAAAGCGUCUCAGGGAUAUUCCGUAAGCUCCUGGAUGGCAUCAACUACGUCAAAGAUAUCCUCAAGUACCACACUAUGGUCGACAUCAAGCCUACCAUAGACCACACGAAUCUCUCCGUCUUUGCCAAGGACGCCAUAGCCCAGUCAAUGGCCAACCUCAUGAACCAGAUCGAGAUGUCAUUCAAAAGGACCUUCCCCCCUUACGCCUCCAUCCUGAAGGAGGAGGAGAAGGAGGCACUGGGCAUGGGCAGCCACUCCACAGCGCUCGUCAAGGAGAGAGGCACCGCAGUCAUGCAGAAUCAUCCAGACACAAUAGCCUUGUUUGGGUCGACGACGCGGACCGACCAGCUGAUCGUGUCCCCUUUCCUCAAGCUGAUCGAGUGGAACAAGGCUGGUCCGGAGCAGUUGCCUCGCGUGAAGCCGUCCUUAGAGGGUAUUCCGGCCAGUGAAGCAGCAGCGGAGGGAAGGAGCAGCAGCGGCAGUGAAACGGAGGAAGCCUCGGCCGGAGGGAACACGGAGGAGGAGGUCGACGUCGACGCCGUCUGUGAUAUUUUGAAGAAGUUGUCCCACACCGACGACCCCAAGAUGAUCAACAUCUUCAAAGAAAACAUUCCAAAAGAAUUACUGGAGAAGUUCUCUCGCAACCUGGCGGAUCACCACCACCAGUUGUAAUGGCGGCGCGGUUGUCUAGUGUUUCGUUAAUCAAAACAAACUGCUGUCUGCUGACUCCCGUGUUUGUUUCUUAUCCAGUGUACUACACGUGCUGUCUGCUGACUCCCGUGUUUGUUUCUUAUCCAGUGUACUACACGUGUUACCACGAACGCUUUUUAAGGAAGCCACCGUCGUCGUCAGAUGUUCAAAUCACAGGUGUAUAAAUGUAGUAUGUUCUGUUUUCUCUUCGUCUUCUUCUUUUAAUUAAGGCAACAAGAAAGUCACCUCAAUGCACAGACAGGAACUGUGAACGUAGAGGGAAAUUUUCAUAUGUCUGGGGACAUACUGUGAGCAUAUACGUGUAUGUAGUAUGUUUGAGUAAAUU